ACGCCUCCCCCAGCGGGAAUGAGGACAAUGCCUGCUGGCCCGUGUGGGGAGGGGAUGUAGAGGGCGGCGGCAUCCGCCGCUCCUGGCACCAUGGACGAUGCCGCGGUCCUAAGGAAGAAGGGUUACAUCGUGGGAAUCAAUCUGGGCAAGGGCUCCUAUGCAAAAGUCAAAUCUGCCUACUCAGAGCGCCUCAAGUUCAAUGUGGCAGUCAAGAUCAUUGAUCGCAAGAAAACACCCACGGACUUUGUGGAGAGAUUCCUUCCCCGGGAGAUGGACAUCCUGGCGACCGUCAACCACCGUUCCAUCAUUAAGACCUAUGAGAUCUUUGAGACCUCUGAUGGACGCAUCUACAUUGUCAUGGAGCUGGGUGUCCAUGGCGACCUCCUCGAGCUCAUCAAGUGCCGAGGAGCCCUGCAUGAGGACGUGGCACGCAAGAUGUUCCGCCAGCUCUCUUCAGCUGUCAAGUACUGCCACGAUCUGGAUGUCGUCCACCGAGACCUCAAGUGUGAGAACCUUCUGCUCGACAAGGACUUCAACAUCAAGCUGUCUGACUUCGGCUUCUCCAAGCGCUGCCUGCGGGACGGGAGCGGGCGCAUCGUCCUCAGCAAAACCUUCUGUGGGUCAGCAGCUUAUGCGGCCCCCGAGGUGCUGCAGGGCAUCCCCUACCAGCCCAAGGUGUAUGACAUCUGGAGCCUGGGUGUGAUCCUCUACAUCAUGGUCUGUGGCUCCAUGCCCUACGAUGACUCUGACAUCAAAAAGAUGCUGCGCAUCCAGAAGGAGCACCGCGUGGACUUCCCACGCUCCAAGAAUCUAACUGGUGAGUGCAAGGACCUCAUCUACCGCAUCCUACAGCCAGAUGUCAACCGGCGGCUGCACAUUGAUGAGAUCCUCAGCCACUCGUGGCUACAGCCCCCCAAGCCCAAAGCCAUGUCUUCUGCCUCCUUCAAGAGGGAAUGGGAAGGCAAGUAUCGAGCUGAUUGCAAGCUGGAUACUCGACCAGGCUCAAGACCUGAACACCGGCCUGACCACAAACUGGGGACCAAACCCCAGCACCGGCUGCUGGUGGCACCUGAGAAUGAAGACAGGAUGGAGGAGAGGCUGGCUGAGACUUCCAGAGCUAAAGAACAUCACAUCUCUGGAGCUGAGGUGGGGAAAGCAAGUACCUAGUGGUGGAGAGGGCCCUUGCGGGGUCAUGGUGUGCAGUCUGCACCCAUAUAAGCUAAGUAGGCAGGUAGGAGCUGAAGAAGGCACAGGUGCAAGGAACAAGUAAAAUCCGUCAAUUAAACCACUAUUUUGAUUACGUUCUAUUAGCUUUCUUCCACUUCGUAGCAAAGCCAUUAAUUACUGACCACCAAAUAAACCACAAAGUAUAUACAAGCA